AUGGCACUUAAAAGGAAAAAGACAUAUGAAGCUAACAUUGAAAAGAUUAAUGGUGCUCGAAUGACGAUUGAAACUCAAAUGAUGGCUAUUGAAAGUGCCAAUGUUAAUUUGGAAACCAUGAGUGCUAUGCGUGCUGGUGCAGAAGCCAUGAAAAAUAUUCAUGGUUCAAUGGAUAUUGAUAAAGUUGAUGCUACCAUGGAUGAAAUUCGUGACCAAAUGGAUGUUGCAAACGAAAUUUCAGAAGCUAUUUCUCGACCUGUUAAUGUUGGUGAUGAAUUAGAUGAGGAUGAAUUAUUAAACGAAUUAGAAGAAUUGGAACAAGAAGAAUUAGACGCAAAAAUGUUGGAAACUCCUUCAUUGGUUGUUUCUGCCCCCAAUGUACCUUCUCAUGUGCCUGCUCAUAGUAUCAACGCUGAAGAGGAUGAUGAAGAAGCUGAACUUAGAGCACUUAAAGCAAGUAUCGCUAUGUAA